CGGUCGUGACUCGUGCGCCUGUCUGCGUGUGGCUGGAGCGGCACUGCAGAGGAUUUGCUGCGUGUUUUUUUCCAACAGCGCGCCGACACCCUUGGAGCAGUCAGUGUGGCAAAACGAAUUACAGCCGUUAUUACAGUUAAACCCAUCGGGACGUUAGCAACAACAACCCAUACGCAAGAAAUAUGAGUCACGAAUGAGGUCCACAGGAUGUCGUUCAAGAAGGAGACGCCCCUGGCUAAUGCUGUGUUUUGGGCAGCUCGAAAGGGGAACUUGGCCCUGCUUCAGUUACUGCUCAACAGUGGCCGUGUAGAUGCCGACUGCAGAGACAGUUUUCGCACCACAGCCCUGAUGGUGGCGUCCUACAAUGGCCACAGUGACUGUGCCAGGGAGCUGAUCAUGCAGGGAGCUGACAUUAACCUGCAGAGAGAGACAGGCUCCACUGCCCUCUUCUUCGCUUCCCAGCAGGGACACAAUGAAGUAGUAAAGCUCCUCUUUGAAUUUGGUGCCUCAACUGAAUUCCAGACAAAGGACGGUGGCACAGCCCUCUCUGCAGCCUGUCAGUAUGGCCACUCUAAGGUGGUAGACACUCUUUUGAAGAAUGGAGCCAAUGUUCAUGACCAGCUGCAUGAUGGUGCCACCCCACUCUUCCUUGCUUCCCAGGAGGGUCAUGUGACUGUCAUACGUCAACUGCUGUCAUCUGGAGCCAAAGUUAACCACCCUAGGGAGGAUGGCACAGCCCCCCUGUGGAUGGCAGCCCAGAUGGGACACAGUGAAGUAGUGAAGGUUUUACUUCUGCGUGGUGCAGAUCGGGAUGCUGACAGAAAAGACGGGUCAACUGCAUUAUUCAAGGCAGCUUUCAAAGGACACAACAGUGUCAUUGAGGAGCUCCUCAAGUUUUCCCCUUCAAUGGGCCUUCUCAAGAAUGGUUCCACAGUCCUCCACGCUGCUGUCAUGGGUGGCAAUCAUAAAAGUGUAAACCUUCUGCUCGGGGCCAAUGCAGACCCCACACUACCCAACAAGAACAAUGAACUGCCAGCAGAUCUUACAAAGAGUGAUCGCAUCCUGAGUGCUCUGCGACCACAAAUCUUAAAUGGAAGUAGUUGAUGACAAUCCUAGUUCCCACCUUAGACCAUGGUUGUUUUAUGGAGAGAAAUGCACUGAGGGCUCCGAACAACAGAGAACAAACAAACAGGAUUCAGUCACACUACAAUACUUAUAUGGUGCUUGCUUUCAAUUGCAGCUUCAGAAAAUAAAAUACAAUACAAUGCUAUUUGGAGUAAAUGUAACUGGACAUAUCAAUAUGUAGCCUACUACCAAAAUGCAUCUGUUUGUGGCUAGAGUUAUUUUGCCAUGUACAUCCUUUUGUUUGAGGUGUUGUUCUAACUUUGCUGUAUAGUUUUAGUUUCUAAAAUAUUGUAUCCUGGUGCUGUGAUAUUUCUAAAUAUUUUGCAUUUUUUUAUUUCUGCAAUUUUAGUAAAUGCAAUACUGUACAUUGGGUUAAAUAAAAUAUGAAUGUGGAAG